AUGAAAUUACCGUGGUUAUUUUCACUGACUUUGUUCCUUGCAUUAUUUGUACACAAUUUGUCAGCCAUUUCUUCAUACCAUCUUCAACGCCAUAAAGACCAUCGAAAUGGAAGUCAACCAAAUGUUUUUCAAUGCAUAUCAUGUAAAUCUGGUACUCAAAAAGUUUUGGAUGUUAUUUUAAGUCCAGCUACAAAAAUCACAGUCACUGAAAAAAUCAAAAUGCUCUGUCUGAAAACAGGACCGUUUUAUAAUUCGUGCAACGAUUUUGUUAGUGAACUUUCUGUUCACAUUUUUGACGUUAUGGGUAAACUGGAACCACAAAAGUGGUGUGCUUUUCUUGGAUUCUGUUAUUACCCACCUAAUGUACCAGUCUGCGAAUAUUGCUGUAAAACUGGACAACUUAUAAAGUCAAUGCUGUUAGCAGAAAAAUUCACUGAAGGAUUAUACAAUAACACAUUGGCUAUGUGUAAUUAUGUACCUAUAUACUCUUUUUUUGCGGUCCACUUUUGCAUGAUUAUUUAUGGCUUUCAGAGAUUCUGUCAGAAUGCUGGAUUCUGUUAA